AUGGCAUCUCAUGCGCCACUCAGAUUCAAAGGGGUAAGGCCUGGUCAAGGGAUCAAGCCGGGGACCACCCUUCGGAUCCUUGGUGUAGGCGACUCCAUCACAGUGGGGUUUCUCAGUGACAUAGAGGGAGGCGAUGGCAACGGCUACAGACUUAAACUCCGAGAAGAUCUGUCAAAGGAUAGAGUCGUCUUUGCCGGAACGGAAACCAUGCAUGGAACGAUGCGGGAAGGGUAUUAUGCAGCGUGGAAUGGCAUGACUAUCAAGUUCAUGUCAGAUAAUAUCGGGCCUUCCUUGGCUCAGAGACCUAAUAUCGUCCUGAUCCAUGCUGGAACCAACGACAUGAACCCGAAUCCGGACGUUGCAAGAGAAGGUAGCGAACCUCAUGCCACAGCAGACCGUCUAGGCCACUUGAUCGACCAGGUCGUGCAAGCCUGCCCAGAUGCCACAGUCCUCGUCGCCAAGAUCAUUGGCUGCUACGACCCAGUCCAGAUGAGCAACAUCGCUCAGUUCAACGCGGUGAUCCAUGGCGUUGUUCAAGCCCGACAAAGCGCCGGCAAACACGUUCUUACUGUCGACUUCUCAAGUUUCCCAAUGAAUGCACUGAGAGAUGGUAUCCAUCCGACCAACCAGGGCUACCGCUUAUUCGGCGACUAUUGGUACGACUUCAUCACUCAGAUUCCUAGCGACUGGAUUAAGGAACCUGUUGGAGAUGACCCGCGUCGAUCUGGGGAGUUGCGCCGCGAUGCACCCGUCAAAGGACGAUCUACCAGCCUGUGUGAUCGACUCUUCGGUCUCUUUUUCGGCAGGGAACCGGAAAUGGUGUCGAAAGCUUGA